CAGGAUCUUGGGAUUGAGGUUGGGGUGUGGACAGGGUCCCACCAGGACGGUCCAUCCCUGCUUCUGGCUGGGACCGUCUGUUCCCCGAGCCCAGCAGGAAGGCUGCCAUGGAAACGGGGCGGAAGGAGGUCCCGGGGGGGCUGGGAGGGUCCCGGGUCUGGACACAGCGCUCCUCUCCCCACCGCAGCAUCCACAGCGGGGUGAUCGCCGUCUUCCAGCGCAAGGGGCUGCCCGACCAGGAGCUGUUCACCCUCAACGAAGGCGUCAGGCAGCUGCUGAAGACAGAGCUGGGGUCCUUCUUCACGGAGUACCUGCAGGUGGGUGGUCCCACUCGCCAGGUGGGUGGUCCCGCUCCCUGGUGGGUGGUCCCGCUCUCCAAGUGGGUGGUCCCGCUCCCUGGCGAGCUGAGGGUCAGGCUGGGCGGUGGGAGGUGGCAUGUUGGUGAGCCCCUUCCCGAUGGGCUCCCUCCCGCUGGGCCCCGGCUGCCCCCCUACAAGAUCCGCUUCUACGAGGGACAGAAGCUGCUGGACUCGCUGGCGGAGACGUGGGACUUCUUCUUCAGCGACGUGCUGCCCACCCUGCAGGCCAUCUUCUACCCGGUGCAGGGCAAGGAGCCGUCGGUGCGCCAGCUGGCCCUGCUGCACUUCCGCAACACCAUCACCCUCAGCGUGAAGCUGGAGGACGCGCUGGCCCGUGCCCACGCCCGCGUGCCCCCCGCCAUCGUGCAGAUGCUGCUGGUGCUACAGGGUGUGCACGAGUCCCGCGGCGUGACCAAGGACUACCUGCGCCUGGAGACGCUGGUCCAGAAGGUGGUGUCGCCCUACCUGGGCACCUAUGGCCUCUACUCCAGCGAGGGCUCCUUCACACACUCCUGCAUCCUGGGUAGGGGUCGCUGGGGCCUUGGGCGGGCGCAGGUGACCGCUGGGCCCACCCACCUCUGCCCAGGCCCGGGCCGUGUGCCUGGCCCUGGUCACUCUGAGAGGGGUCACCUGGGGUCCCUUCUUCAAGGGCUGAGGGGGGCCAGUGGGCAGACACCGUAGUGGUGUGUGCCGCUCCCCUGAGAGCCCAGCGGCGUCCUCUGUCCCCGAGGAGUCAGAUCCCUGCUCAGUCCUGGGGGUCAGGAGUUGCCCGGCAGAGUGUACAGCACGUACCCGAGCCCCAGAAACCCAGGCUCACCAGGGGAGUCCCAGGGGAGGAGUGGGGCUGGGGGUGGGUGCGCUGGCGUCCUGGGCUGCCUGGCAUGACCACAGAAACCAGCUUAUUGCUCCUUUAAGGGACAGCCCACGGGUUUACUCAUCAAUGGAAACUGAGCACCUACUGUGCGCCUGUGCCUGGUCCUGGUCCUGGUCCUGGUCCUGGUCCUGGGGGUUCAGUCGAGACCAAGCCCCACCCUCAGGCUCUCGCCCGCCAGGAAAGGCAGACCAAUGAGUGCACAGUCCCUGGAUAAGUCCCCAUGGGGUCGUGUGCCCGGGUGACCUGAAGGCUGUGGGCAGGGAGCUCAGGGGAGGAGGAGCCUGACCUGGGAGGUGGAAGGGGGCAUCCCGGCCCCAGCGAGGGGACAGCAGUGUAAGGAACGUCCUCAUCUGCGCCCCCCACCUGCCAGGCACGUCAGCUCCGGGAACCCUAGUGGCUGGAGGGGAACCCCGAGAUGCCCAGGUUCUGAGGCCCUGGAUGACCCGCAGGGUGAGGGCAGGGUGAGGGCGGAGGAAGGACUCUGAGCAGCUCCGCACACUCAGCCCUGCCGCCUGGUGGCUCUCUGUGGAACUGCGGAUCCUGAGUGGGAGUGGAGACCUCCCCGGCCCCCCAGGGCUCCUGGGACGGAAUAAACCCCAGCCCUGACCUCAUGCUGAGGGGCCCCGGGCUACUUGCCCCGGUGUGGCA